AUGAGGCGUGAAAUCAAGUAUGCAUUGAAAUAUGUCAAAGAUGCAUAUCUAAUUGAUACGCUACCUCUACAGUCGAGUCCCAAUAUUCUCUGGUCAUACUUAGGGAAAUUGGGUCUUACGAAUGCACCAUCUCAAUCUGCCCUAAAUCACUUGUCUGCAUCUACAUUAAAUCGCUAUUACUCACAAGUAGCCUCUUCUCAUCCACCAUGUACUCAGGAAGCCCUAAACAACAUCCUUUCACGACCUCUACCAACCUCGCAUUCGUCAUUUGUGCUAACUCCUACAAAUAACCAUGAAGUACUUAUUAGCCUUAACUCUGUCAUGAAUAAAUCUCGUGGUUUGAGCCCCGACAACCUUCGUUUGUCGCAUCUUAAAAAAUUGCUUCAUAUUAUCACUCCCUACCUCACAGCCAUUAUUAACCUAUCGUUUAAACUAAACAUGUUCCCAUCGGUUUGGAAAAAUCUUUAUAUCAUCCCACUUAAGAAAAUCCCCAAUCCUUUAAAUCCAUCCGAUACUCGACCAAUAGCAAAUCCACCCCAUCUCUCAAAAGUAAUUGAUUCACUAGUCACCCAACAGAUCAUCAAAUAUUUAGAGAAUAACAAAAUGCUACACCCGAGAGAAUCUGGGUUCCGUAAACACCAUAGCACACAAACCGCUUUAUUACAUCUCUUAGAUGACGUCAGAUGUGGGAUCGAUAGGGGUUGCGUGACCAUCUUGGUACUGUUUGACUUUACGAAAGCCUUUGACAGCCUUAGUCACACUUCGAUAAUAAACCUGGAUGGCCAAACAUCUCAAGUUGAACACACUACAUCUGGUGUUCCUCAAGGAACUAGCCUGGGACCCAUUCUCUUCAUUAUCGUCAUUAACACCUUGUUCACCAGGCUGCGAUACUGUCGAGACACGACCAUCAUAUUUGCAGAUGAUACUCAAUUCUAUUUGUCAACCCCAAUAAGCCAGUUAAAUGAAACUAUAAAUCACAUAAACUUUGACAUUACGGAACUGUUAAAAUGGUCCAAGGACUAUGGCCUCACGCUGAACACCCACAAAACAAAGGCUAUUAUCUUGGGAUCUUCCCAAAACAUUGCUACUAUCCGAAACCUCCCAUAUACCACCCAUUGUAGUUGGAGCAGAUUUAAUACCCUACUCAAACGAAGUUAA